GUCCCUGCCAGAGAGGAGCGGCCAGUCCGGGGGCAGGGGCCACCUGUCCCGCGCUCCUCGGAGACAAAGCCACGCUCCCAGCGGACGCCGGCGGGGGGGUCUCCGGUGUCCGGUACCCCCCUCUCGUCAAGCCCCGGGUCCCGCCCCCUGGCCCCGUGGUCACCAGAGUCUGCGGGGCGGGGCGGGCGAAGUCCGGGUCCAUAAAGGCGCGGCCGGCAAGCGGCGGCCACAAACAUGCUGGGCCCGGGGCUCACAGUGCUGCUGCUCGCGGCGAUGUCCCAGCCGCCGCCUGGGGGCGCCCUGCCCCAGGCCAAGAAGCUUCCCGCGGACCCAGAUCCGGAUCCGGACCCUGGGGUCCACACGUCCCAGGAGCUGCGGAGACGCUUCGAGGACCUGCUGGCCCGGCUGCGCGCGAACCGGAGCGCAGAAGCCUUGAACGCCGAGCUCAGCCCCGCGCCUGCGGUCCACACGCUCGCCCCUGAACUGCAGCCCAGGCCCGACGGUAGCCUGCACCUGCGCAUCCCCAGGGCGUCGCUGCCUCCGGGCGUCCCUGGCGCCUACCGCGUGCACCGCGCCCUGCUCCGACUGUCCUCGGCGGCACCCGAGCCCUGGGACGUGACGCAGCCCUUGCUGCGCCAGCUGCGCCGUGGACCCCGGGGACCCACACUGCUCCUGCGCCUGUCGCCGCCGUCCGACCUGUGGCUGGCGCCGCUCCCCGCGCCGCCCCAGCUGGAGCUGCACCUGCGGACUCGCGCCGCCAGAGGGCGCCGCAACGCGCGCAUGCGCACCAAGGACGACUGCCCUCUGGGGCCCGGGCGCUGCUGCCGCCUGCACACGGUGCGCGCGUCACUGCAAGACCUGGGCUGGACCGACUGGGUGCUGUCACCGCGCGAGCUGCACGUGGGCAUGUGCGUGGGAGAGUGCCCCAGCCUGUAUCGCUCUGCCAACACGCACGCGCAGGUCAAAGCGCGUCUGCACGGCCUGAGGCCGGACUUGGUGCCCGCGCCCUGCUGCGUGCCCUCCACCUACGACCUGGUCGUCCUCAUGCAGAAGACGGAGAGUGGCAUCACGCUGCACACCUACGACGACCUUGUCGCCAAAAGCUGCCACUGCGCAUGAGCAGGUGCCCACUGUCCAAGAGCGACAGCUCGCCCGCGUCUGUGGGCGUGCCCUCCGUCGUCCCCGCCCACUGAGGGCGGGGCCGAGUUCUCGGCUCCUCCUCUUCACUCCUCAUCCCACCAUGACAACUAUUUAUAAGUCCGUUUUGGGUUUGUUUGUUUUUUUUAGUCCGUAUUUAUUGUUAAUUUAUUGGGGUUACCUGCCUGGGGACUGAUUCCAUGGCAAAUGUAUUUAUUUAAAACUCUAGUAAUAAAAGUGACGUGCAAAGGGCUCCCGUGGAGUCCAGGAUGAGUGA